GUUGUUUCCCAUCUCCGUCAAUCUGACCAUUCUUGAAAGAAAAUUGCUAAGAAUUUCCAACCGGACCGUGUAAUCACAGCCCUGGUAUCAAGAGGAGGGGGAGUGACAUGAAAUCACUGACUUGUGACAUACAUUCCUCAGCCACGGGCGGCUGCUGCCUAAUGACAGCUAAUAAAGGGAAUCUUCCCUUGACAGAGCUGCAUGCCUGCAGUGGGACUGGAAUGUGCCCAAGAUAAACCCCCUGAUAACCCAGGAAGCAGAGAUCACACCCAAAGGGUAUAAAAGAGGAGAGCUUCGGAAGAGAGAGGACAGGACAAGGAAGAGAGAGACCUGAAGGGACAUCUCAGAAGAGACAGCUCGAACUUCGCUAUUCCCAACGAACUCGGUGCCAUGGACACUAAAGGCACAUUUUCCUGUGGCUUCCUCUUGCUGCUGCUCAUCCAGCUCCAGUCCAGCAGAGCCAACCCCAUCUACAGCCUCAGCCCUGCCAAAGAACUGGCCAGCAUGGAGGCUCUGCUGGAGAGGCUGGAGGAUAAGUUUGCCAUGAUUGAAGCCCUGGAGUCCAACCCCGACCUGCAAGAACCCAAAGCCCAGGAGGAGAUCCGCCCGGAACUCGGCGACGACAGCGAGGACCAGAAGGUUGAGCCCAGGCUGGCACCCAACACCCCCCUGUCCUACAGGGAGCCCUUCCUCAAGAGGCUGAGGGGGCUGCAGAUGCCCAGGAUGAUGAGAGAUUCCGGGUGCUUCGGGAGGAGGAUCGACCGGAUCGGCUCCCUCAGCGGGAUGGGCUGCAAUGGUUCCCGGAGGAAUUAGGAUCAACCUCCCUAUUCCCUGCUCUGAAGAAUGCUUUACAGUACCUGUUCCUCCCAAGAUGAAAGCCAGAUGCUUUCCAAGCUCCUCAACAGAAAGUUAUUCCUAUUUUUAUUUAUUUAUUUAUUUAUUUAUUUGAUUUUUUUUUUUUUUAAAGAACAUUUCUUGCUCUAGCACCAAGAGACCAUCUUUAAAUAAAACUAACACGUUAGACAUGUAUGCUGGACCUCUCUCCUGUCUGUUGCAUUAAAUUUUCUUGCAUUUUCCUAAAGUCAAAAUCUUAAGUUUUAGUGGUGUUCUGGUACCCACAAGGCUGGA